AUGCGCGUCUGGCUGAUAAAUCUUUGCGAAAAGGGUCAAGGCGAAAACCUCGUCACAGAAUGGGGUCCAGGCCUUACCGCUGAAAAGGUGCCGACCGUUCUGAGAUACGAAAAUGGCGGCACGAGCGGUAUUGCAUACUGGGGUUUCGAUGCCGUCAGCAAAAGCAGCCCGGUCAAGCAGGUCCACGAGUGGUUCAAGCUGGGCCUCUGUCCCGAGCUCGAAGAGUCCCGCGCGGCUCAUUCCGAGCUGCUGAGGAAGUACCCGAGCAAAGUCGCCUUGCCUCCCGUUUCCCAGGACAAAUGCGAGAAGCUCGUCAUUGACUACCUGCUCAGACUGAAGGGGGCUGUCGAUAGGCUCUUCGCCUCUAUGACGGACGACAUGGUGAACUAUCCUCGCGAGUACAUCAUUACUGUCCCUGCCAUGUGGAGCCACGGUGCGCAAGAGACGAUGCGCAAGUGUGCCGCAGAGGCGUUUUUGGGAGACCGGCGCCUUAAGGAAAACCUCCAGAUGGUUGCUGAGCCUGAGGCGGCUGGCAUCUACGCAUUGACCUCGAUGCAAGAAAUUGGCCUCGAGAAAGACGACACAUUUGUGAUAUGCGACGCGGGCGGAGGCACUGUUGACUUGUCUUCCUACAAAAUCACUUCAAUGGAAGACUUCAUCGGUCUGAGACGCGUUUCGACCAUCUCCGGCGAGCUAUGCGGAAGCAGCUUCCUCAAUAGAAUCUUUGAAGACUAUUUAACGAAGAGACCGGAGCUGGCACAUGUAGACUGGACGGCCAGGCAGAACAUGCGACUCCUGCGAGCGGCCGUUAACGAGUUUGAGACGACGAUCAAGCCGCAGUUUACAGGAAACGAGACUGGUGCCUUUUACCUCACGACGCCCUUGCCCGUCCGUCGGCCAAGCGACGACGGAUCUGAGCUCGCGAUUCCCGUCAAGGACAUUCGCGAAAAGGUCUUUGACCUUGUCAUCUCCAAGAUAUGCAGCCUCGUCCGCGACCAGAUCAAGGACACGGUGGCAGCCACGGGGAGCGUCAAGAGGAUUCUGCUGGCGGGAGGCUUCGGGCGGAACACCUACCUGGAACGUCGGGUCCAACAAGAGGUCGGCGACGACAUCAAGGUCCGCAGAGUCGACAACAGCCCCACUGCCAUCGUGCGAGGCGCGUUGAUGGCCGGGCUGACCAAAGCGGGCGCAACUUCGGAAGGCUAUACUUCAGAAGAAGACGUCUCAGAAAGCGUAAGCUCGGAGGGCGCGGUGCAUUCCGGAGAGGAGCAGCAAAAGAAGCAAAACAAAAAGCCUAAAAGGCUCGGAAAGAUUUACGCUCGCAAGCCCGCGCGUGUCACGGCCAGGGAGGCACCUCGUCACUACGGGACGCGCAUCUACGAGGAGGUGGACAACGGCAGCGCCCGUAAGAAUGGGAGAAACCGAAAAACCAGUGGAUCCCGCGAGGUUGAGGUCAUGAAAUGGUUUGUCAAAAAAGGUGAUGAAAUAUUAGACGGCGAGCCAAAAACCUUCCGCCUAAGAUACGAAGUGUACCUCGAGCCGUGGGAAGAGCGAUCGGUGAUCUACUGCGACGUGUACUCGCACAAGGCAGACAAGCCUCCGUCGCGUCCGCACACCGCGGCCCGCCCCGUCCCGUCUCUCGAAACGCCCCUUGCCACUCUCACCAUCGACCUCCGAACCAUUGACUCGCUCCCGUACGAGGUCGAAGAGGACGGCCGGCACCACUACGACGUCGCCUUUGAGGUGUACAUGACUUUGAACUCGGCUGAGCUCACAUUCAACCUCGGACGAGGCAAGGAAAGGUACAAACCGGCGACGGUGACGGUCAACGAAAGCGAGUGGCUAUCUUGAACAGGGGGGGCGCAGUACUGGGGCGAUGAGACUGGGCCGGACUUAAUGUCGGGAAGAUGGAAGGCAUGGAAAUGGAUGUACUUGGUGGCAAAGAAUGCCCAAUAUCCCGAGGGUUGCUGUGCGCCGGACAGAGCGGGCCGGCUCAUAGGGUGCAUGAGUUUACGAUUUUCCCUUGUUGCUGCAAAGAGCGAGCAAGCAACAACCCAAUUUGGAAC